GCAGGGAGACGGAGCCUCCAGCGGGUGCUGCCGCGAGCGGCCGGCCGAGGGGCUGGAAAUGAAAGUAAAGCGCUCCGGAGCCACAUGGACGGAGCUGCUGGGGCGGCGGCGCCGGGAGCAGGAUGCGGCCGCCCAUAAUUAAAUAGCAUUUACUCUUAUUAUUACUACUAAUAAUAACGUAAUCAUACCUCUAGUCAUAGCAUACCAUUUAUCGGGCUCGGCGCAGGCCCGCGGGGAGCGCAGCCCGGCGGAGAGACUGAUGGAGAGGCAGAAACGGAAGGCGGACAUCGAGAAGGGGCUGCAGUUCAUCCAGUCAACACUACCCCUAAAGCAAGAAGAAUAUGAGGCCUUUCUGCUCAAGCUGGUGCAGAAUCUACUCGCUGAGGGCAAUGACCUCUUCCGGGAGAAGGACUACAAGCAGGCCCUGGUGCAGUACAUGGAGGGGCUGAAUGUGGCUGACUACGCUGCCUCUGACCAGGUGGCCCUGCCCCGGGAGCUGCUAUGCAAGCUGCAUGUCAACAGGGCCGCCUGCUACUUCACCAUGGGCCUGUAUGAGAAGGCACUGGAGGACAGCGAGAAGGCGCUGGGCCUGGACGGUGAGAGCAUCCGGGCACUGUUCCGCAAGGCACGCGCCCUCAACGAGCUGGGACGCCACAAGGAGGCCUACGAGUGCAGCAGCCGGUGCUCCCUCGCGCUGCCCCAUGAUGAAAGCGUCACUCAGCUUGGUCAGGAGCUGGCCCAGAAGCUCGGGCUACGCGUGCGCAAGGCAUAUAAGAGGCCCCAGGAAUUGGAAACCUUUUCUCUGCUCAGUAAUGGCACUGCAGCUGGCAUGUCAGAUCAGGGAACUUCCAAUGGAUUGGGGUCCAUAGAUGACAUCGAAACAGACUGCUACGUGGACCUGCGGGGCUCCCCGGCCCUCCUCCCUUCCACCCCCACGAUGCCCCUGUUCCCUCACGUUCUGGACCUGCUGGCCCCCCUGGACAGCAGCAGCAGGGCCCUCCCCAGUGCUGAGAGCCUGGAUGACUUCUCAGACGGGGAUGUCUUUGGCCCUGAGCUGGACAGCCUCCUGGACUCGCUGUCCCUGGUCCAGGGAAGCCUGCCCGGCAGUGGCGUUCCAAGUGAGCUGCCCCAGCUGAUACCUGUGUUCCCCGGCGGGACCCCGCUGCUGCCGCCUGUGGUGGGCGGCUCCAUCCCUGUCUCCAGCCCACUGCCCCCGGCCUCCUUUGGCCUCGUCAUGGACCCCUCCAAGAAGCUGGCCACCUCUGUGCUGGAUGCCCUUGAGCCCCCAGGCCCCACACUGGACCCCCUGGACCUGCUGCCGUACGCGGAGACUCGGCUGGAUGCCCUCGACAGCUUCGGGUCGACCCGAGGCUCCCUGGACAAGCCUGACUCCUUCAUGGAGGAGAACAACUCACAGGACCACCGUCCCCCAAGCGGUACUCAGAAACCAGCCCCCUCGCCAGAGCCCUCCAUGCCCAACACCGCCUUGCUCAUCAAGAACCCCUUGGCUGCCACCCACGAGUUCAAACAGGCCUGCCAGCUCUGCUACCCCAAGACAGGCCCCAGGGCUGGUGACUACACCUACCGUGAGGGCCUUGAGCACAAGUGCAAGCGGGACAUCCUGCUCGGCCGGCUCCGGAGCCCCGAGGACCAGACCUGGAAGCGGAUCCGGCCCCGGCCCACCAAGACCAGCUUCGUGGGCUCCUACUACCUGUGCAAAGACAUGAUUAACAAGCAGGACUGUAAGUACGGGGAUAACUGCACCUUCGCCUACCAUCAGGAGGAGAUCGACGUGUGGACCGAGGAGCGGAAGGGCACCCUCAACCGCGACCUGCUCUUCGACCCACUGGGGGGCGUCAAGCGCGGCAGCCUCACCAUCGCCAAGCUCCUUAAGGAGCACCAGGGCAUCUUCACUUUCCUCUGUGAGAUCUGCUUUGACAGUAAACCUCGGAUCAUCAGCAAAGGCACCAAGGACUCUCCGUCUGUCUGCUCCAACCUGGCUGCCAAGCACAGCUUCUACAACAACAAGUGCCUGGUGCACAUCGUCCGCUCCACCUCCCUCAAGUACUCCAAGAUCCGCCAGUUCCAGGAGCACUUCCAGUUCGACGUGUGCCGCCACGAGGUGCGCUACGGCUGCCUGCGGGAGGACAGCUGCCACUUCGCCCACAGUUUUAUCGAGCUCAAGGUCUGGCUGCUGCAGCAGUACUCAGGCAUGACCCAUGAAGACAUUGUUCAGGAAUCCAAGAAGUACUGGCAGCAGAUGGAGGCCCAUGCAGGCAAGGCCAGCAGCAGCUUGGGUGCCCCACGGACACACGGGCCCAGCACCUUCGAUCUGCAGAUGAAGUUUGUGUGUGGCCAGUGCUGGAGGAACGGGCAGGUGGUGGAGCCUGACAAGGACCUCAAGUACUGCAGCGCCAAGGCCCGGCACUGCUGGACCAAGGAGCGGCGGGUCCUGCUGGUGAUGUCCAAGGCCAAGAGGAAAUGGGUGUCAGUGAGGCCGCUGCCAUCUAUUCGCAACUUCCCACAGCAAUACGAUCUCUGCAUCCACGCGCAGAACGGCCGCAAGUGCCAGUAUGUGGGGAACUGCUCUUUCGCACACAGCCCCGAGGAGAGGGACAUGUGGACGUUCAUGAAGGAGAACAAGAUCCUGGACAUGCAGCAGACCUAUGACAUGUGGCUGAAAAAACACAACCCAGGGAAGCCUGGAGAAGGGACCCCAGUCAGUUCUCGGGAAGGAGAGAAGCAGAUCCAAAUGCCCACAGACUACGCUGACAUCAUGAUGGGCUACCACUGCUGGCUCUGUGGCAAGAACAGCAAUAGCAAGAAGCAGUGGCAGCAGCACAUUCAGUCUGAGAAGCACAAGGAGAAGGUCUUUACGUCCGACAGUGACGCCAGUGGCUGGGCCUACCGCUUCCCCAUGGGCGAGUUCCGGCUCUGCGACAGGCUCCAGAAGGGCAAGGCCUGCCCAGACGGGGACAAGUGCCGCUGCGCCCACGGACAGGAGGAGCUCAACGAGUGGCUGGACCGGCGCGAGGUGCUGAAGCAGAAGCUGGCCAAGGCUCGCAAGGACAUGCUGCUGUGCCCUCGGGAUGACGACUUUGGCAAAUACAACUUCCUGCUGCAGGAGGACGGGGACACUGCUGGUACCACCCCAGAAGCCUCUGUUGCUGCUGCCACCAUUGGGGAGUAGGGCCAGGUCUUGGGUGUGAGUGAAGUCUUGGGGUCGGGGUUGGGUGGGGACAGAGGGCUGAUAGAAGGGCCAGGGCAGGCCAGCUGGGGGUGGGGGCCGCCCUCCUCAGGCAGCCCCCAACCCCCUGGGGCCCAGGCCAUCCUCUCCGCCCCCGUGCCCCAGCUGUGCACACCCAAGUGCACGUGCUGCAGUCACAAGGGUCCCAGGGUCCUCGUCCUGCUGGAACCUGGGCAGACCCUCCCCCACGCCCACGGCUCUCCUGGUUGGGGAGGGAGGGGCCUGGCGACCCCUCCAGCUUCAGCCUACAGCUUUAACUUCUGUCUGCUCCUAAAGGGGCCCAAAGCUCAGGGCUGGGGAGCCUGGAGUCCCCACUUGAAUCUGUAGCAGGAGGGUCCUUCUCCCUGCCCCCUCCCAACCCCCCACCCCCGGGGGACAGAUCAGGAAACAGCAGUGGGCAGGUGGCCCCGAUUAGCUUUAAAAUGCAGCCCCAGGAUGGAGCUGGGGACACUGUACUAGUCACUUGCCCCCUGGGGCCUCAGUUUCUCCUCUGGUUAGAAGAGUGGGAGGAGCUGCGCUUGAUGAUCUCUGGUUAGUGGAGGCGUCUGGGGCCUGUUAAUGAUGCCACCACCUGAGCGCUGCUGCCUCACCGGCCAGAGAAUAUAGAUUGCAGAUCCUCAGAGCCUCCAGACAUGACCCAGCACAGACCCCAUUUUGCAGAUAGGAAGACUGAGGCUUAGAAGGGAGAGGUGAUCUGCCCAGGGUCCCAGCACAAAACCGAGCUGGGAUGAAAACAGUAGGCAGAAGACUCAGGGCCAGUUGUUGGCUGGAGCCUCUGGGCCCUUCAGUGGAGAUGUGACAGUCAGUGUGCAGCUGGGGUCCCAGUCAGGCUGCCAGGGGCUGGGGAGGGAGGCCCAGAGGAGGGCUGGUCAUGUCAGCACCCAUGGAGGGACAGUCCCCUCCUGGGGUGGUCGUGGGGAGUAUAGCAGCAGAGGGUACUUGCCUCGCUUGCCCCGGGAGAGGUGGCAAAGGGCAGGGCACCAGGAGCUCAGGUUCUGAGGUGU